UAGUUCUGAAAGAAGUUACGCACAACUCAGGUUUUCGCCCGCGUUUUCUACCCAAGAUAUUGGUACAGGGAAGCCUAUGGUUCCUACAGUAGCCUUUGGUAAAGACAAAGUUCCAUCUAUUGCUUCAGCAAAUAAUCCUUUGAUUCGACUUGAUAUGGCAAAGAUAGCAAUCAAUUAUACUGACAAAGUAGUUCUAG